AUGUCAGGGAGUGAAUGACCAAUAGCAAAUAUGUUACUUUUGCAAAGCAAGCAAAAACACAGCUUUGUUGUUCGAGCUGCUGAGAAACCUCAAAGCUUCACAUUCCCUGAUUUCUACAUACAGUGAAUUCAUAACAUGCAGGGGACAGUGAUCAGUGGAUAUGCUGUUGCUUUUCUUCUCCUGGUCCAGCUUGGCUACCACAGUGCCUCGCGCAGUCCCAGUACCUGCUGCCCUGCUCCAUGCCAGUGUUUCUCUGUGACAACCAUGAUUUGCUCGGAUGAUCGAAUGAUGGCCAUACCUGUGGACAUCCCCUCACGGGUGAAAACUCUAAUUAUUGUGGCAUCUGGCAUGGGAGCAGUCACCUUCAGAGAAUUUCCCCAACUGACCAAGCUUGUGCUCCUCAACAACCCGAUUCACAUGAUUUCAACCCUUGCCUUUGAUGGACUGGUCAGUCUGAAGGAACUGGAGAUCAGUGGGAGCCCUCUCACCAGCAUAGAAGUUGGGACAUUCCAGAAGCUGGCCAACCUCACCAAACUUCUCCUCAACAACAACAAGUUAAGAUACUUAGCGCCAGGCAUUUUUGACUUCCAGCAGAAGCUGGAGAAGCUGCACAUGAAAGGAAACUCCCUUAGGUUUGUAUCUGGCACUGUAUUCCGCAACCUCUACAACCUCCGUGAGCUUGACCUGUCCCUCAACUGUCUUGAUUCAAUAGACGCGGACCACUUCAGUCUGCUGAGUAAGCUGAAGACAUUGGAUUUGGACUUGAACAAGAUUUCUUCUCUGUCUCCUUAUUCCUUUAGUGGUAACCCCCAGCUAAAAACACUCUCCCUGCAGGGCAACCAGAUCGCCUGGCUCCCUCAAGAAAUGUUUGCCCACUUAAACAACUUGGAGGAACUGAAUCUCAAAGACAACAGGAUUGCAGAGCUGAGUGCUGGAAUGUUGCCCUCCUCGCUGAAGAAGCUCACGCUCAAAGGAAACGGCCUGGCCCAGCUCUCCUCAAGCACAUUUGGAGGCCUUCAGCAUCUGACUGACCUGGACUUGUCCCAGAACCAGCUAUCCAUUCUUCCUGCAGAGCUAUUCCAAAAUCUUACCUCCUUACAGCAUCUCGACAUGUCCGAGAACCAGCUUAUAAUGCUACCUGCUACCAUCUUCAGAGGACUAUUCCUGAUCAGAGUAAUUCUCUUGCAGGUAAACAAUCUAGACUCACUAGAGGCCGAUCUAUUCAAGGAUCAGGAAAUGAUAUCCAAGCUUUAUCUCUCUGGGAACAGUCUGCAAAGCGUGCCGGAUGGCUUUUUUGACCCCUUAGACUUCCAGGGUUUGGUGCAGCUCCAUGGAAACCCCUGGCACUGCGACUGUGACCUGCAGUACCUCCAUGAAUGGCUGAAUUACAGCAGCAACUCUAUGGAGGAUCUGAGUCAAAUUCAUUGCGCUAGUCCUGAGCCUCUCAAAGGAAUGAGCCUGACCUCGCUGGACAAGGAACAGCUUGUUUGUGUAAACAGCUCCAAAUUUAUGUCGCAACAUAUGAUUGACUCCACCAGACCAUCCGAUACCAUAAAAAUGACCUCUACCACGAAACAGUGCACUCUCCAAGCAAUCAACGGCACCAUUGCCAUUAAAUGCCAGCUUAUGGAAUGUCCAGCCUUCAAGUUUGAGACACAUUUUGAACACCUGAAUGGGAAUUAUAGUUACAUCAGCAGAAAAACAUUUCCAGAAUUCGCUCAAUGCUCAAAUGUGACUGUAACACUGACUGUUUAAUGUUACUAAUAAAUAGUAUAUACAGAA